AAAAAGUUCCCAGCAUCAGGAGCUCUAGCUAUACGACGGUACGCCCACACCGAAAUCCGCACCACACCGUCGUCCCUCCCUCGCCGACCGCCCCCAAUGGCAACCAACGGCUCCCGGUCAGCAUAUAGCCUCACGAGGCAAGCCGCGAGGCAUUGCCAAUCGGCGGCAAAUUCACGAGUCGUCUCUCCUAUCCAAUGCCUCUCACGAUCCUUUGCGACGACCAGCUCUCGAAAGGAGGCCGAGGCGGAGAGCAAACUCGACCAAAUGUCACGGAAAACCGCAGAGGCUGAGAGGCCCGACGAGAUCAGACAGCGCCCGAGAUGGUCAUACACUCCCGAGGGAAUGAAGGCACCCUUCUCGCCUCAUAUCACCAAGAACCCGGCACGGAGUGUUUGGAAGGUCAACGAGGAUCCCAAGAAGCUGGAUCAGAUGUACGUGAAGCUUUUGGGCAGAGAUGGAGACAAGAUGCUGCCGGAUGAGACCAAAUGGCUGGCGGUCACGCACAAGAGUUUCGACCAGGGUCGCCGAGGAUUCAACGACAAGCUGGCAUACUUGGGUAGACAGGCGGUUAUUCUCGAGACCACGAACCGCAUAGUGACGGGGACCGACCCCUUGAAGAAGGCAAUCGUUCCGGAAAAAUCGUACCAGCGAACACCCUUUGAGCACCCGGCCCUCACGAGAGUCGACAACCUCAACGCCGAGCAACCCCAGAAGAUCGUUACGAAAGAAAAGGUCGAGGCGCUGGCGCUCGCUGCCGGUCUCGACAAAGUUUUGCGAUGGAAGCCGGCAAAGCCCGAAAACCUUUCAGGCUCUGGCCAGCAAAUUGUUCUCAACUCGGCAGUCUUUGCUAUCGUAGGAGCCAUCACCCUGCAGCACGGCGCCGAAGUGGCAGGUAGAGUUAUCAGGGACAGAAUAUUGAGGCCGCUCUCGGCGAACCGGUAAAGCCGCUAGAAGAGAGACGUCUGUUGUAUCAUAGGUGUAAAACAUUUGACAAAAAGGACAUCAAUCCCAGCUGCGGCGCAAGAGAGGCAGCGGAAGCAAUAUUUUCUUCGUUUUCCCGCAGUCAUGACGCUGUGCUGUCGCCGGACCGCGCACAACAAAUGUAACAAAAAGGAUCAGAGGUGAACGAAUAUAGAAGUAUAUCCCAAUGUGGAAGACGCUUUGCCACUCAACUUACUUUGGGUUCCUUG